CCUUCGAGCUCUUCAUAUCGCGUGCGCAUCGGUCUCACGGUGCAUUGUUCUUCUCAGACAGACGUCUUCUGCAAUCGCCGGAGUCGUUCCGCAUUACUUUCUACACCGAGCUUCUUCUGGAAUUUCUGAAGUUGUCUGUAGCUUGUUGUGCGUUAUGUACUCCACAUGAUUGUCUCACGAGAGAAGCUUUGAGAGUAUUCGAGCUCCGUUUGCAUUAAAUCUGUGAACUGAAUUCUGAAGCAUUUGUUGAAAAAAUUUUCAUCACGUUGUACAUCAUUAUCGUUAAAGCAAACUUCUUGCUCAAUAGCUGAAGUAGUUUUGACUGUGUGUUUCAUAUGUCCAAAACAGAACAUCUUAAGCAAUUGCGGAAGUUGUUUGAGCUCGUAGUGCAAUAACUCCUUCAAAAAGAACUUCUUACGCAAUUGCGAAAGUUGUUUUGAGCUCUGCAAGAGUUUCUCUGCAUACUCAUACCGAGAGUCCAAGUGAUCGUGUGAAGCAACAACGACAGAGCGUUCAAAAUGGCCAAGACUAAGCUGUCACUACUGGCUGAGCAGUGUCAACGCUGGAGAGAUUCGGGCAACUGGGAGAAGCUGAGAGAAUUUGAAGAAGCGUACCAGAAAUCCAAGAUGGAAGGAAAGCGUAUGGCGACAAUUCAGAAAGCUAAUGAGAAGAAGAAUACAACACAGACACGAGGAAAAGGGAAAACCAAAACCCGGGUUCCUUGUCAUUGGAAGAAAAGGAUUGUAUCCAAUGACUCCACGAGUUCCCAAGUUAUUGUUCAUCACACAUCCGACCAUACUCAUAAUUCUGGUGAAACAGGUGAGAUGGAGAAAGCAAUCACAUGUGACGAAGCUCUCAAGUAUGUGGGAGCAGUUGAGCUUCAGACCACGAAAACACUCGAUCAUUCCGGAAGAGAGAGUGAAAAUCCUCGAAACAGUCCAAAGGACAUAGCUUCAUCAUCAUCCAAAGUAGAGAGGCUGUUUUGGAGCGAUCAUGAUUCAUUGCAGUUGAUCAUGGCGAUCAAAUCAGAGAAAGAGAGUGUUGAGCGGAAACGAACUAACAAUUCAAAAGUCUCCAAGAUGCUUGACUGGAGAAAGAUUGCAGCUGUGAUCAAUCCGAAGAGAGCAGAUGUUGAUGAUAAGUUUGUCGAGAAAUGCCUUCACAAAUUUGAUGAACUGAAGAGGCGCAACAAGAAGAAUUGUCCAGAUGGUUGUGACCUCAUGAUUUACUUGGUGGAUGUAUACACCAAGCGCAUGGAAGGAAGUUGAAUGUAACAUGACAGAUUUCGUCGGCUGUACAGUUUAGCAGGGUGGAUGAAUAGCCUCUCACUCUUGGCAUUUAACCGGUUAGUGGAUAUGUUUAGUAUCGGGUAGAGGAAUAGCCUCUCAGCUUUGAACCAGUUACUAGAUUCUUUUAAUAUGUGAUGUCUUUUACCAUCAGUUCAAGUAUAUUACAGGA